AGGGAGGGGUUGUUUAAUGGUACUGGAGCGGCUAGUGGGAGGCUGCAGCUUUGCUUUGGUGCUUGUGGUUAAUUCAUGCUGGACAGCUCUUUGUGAAACAGAGGGCAAAGGGGGCUGCUGGCUGGGGCUGCUGAGGAAGGAGAUGGAGCGCUUCUUGGGCUUUGUCAAGCAGAUAAGAAGAUCGAGGAGAAGAAAAGGCAAAAAGUACCGGCCAGAGGAGGAUUACCAUGAGGGCUAUGAGGAUGUCUACUAUUAUGCCUCAGAACAUUUUCGAAAUGAGAGUCCUUACACAAAAUCUGCAAACCAGGCAAAGGCACCUGAUGGAGCACUGUCUGUGAGGAGACAGAGUAUUCCAGAGGAAUUCAAGGGCUCAACAAUAGUUGAAUUAAUGAAAAAAGAAGGCACCACCCUGGGGCUUACAGUAUCGGGGGGUGUUGACAAGGAUGGGAAACCAAGAGUAUCUAACCUUCGCCAAGGAGGAAUCGCUGCUAGGAGUGACCAGCUGGAUGUAGGCGACUACAUCAAAUCUGUGAAUGGAAUCAACCUGACCAAAUUUCGCCACGACGAGAUCAUCAGCCUGCUCAAGAACGUUGGUGAAAGGGUUGUGUUAGAAGUGGAGUAUGAGCUGCCUCCAGUCUCUGUACAAGGAUCCAGUCUCAUCUUUAGAACUGUGGAAGUUACUUUACAUAAAGAGGGGAACACUUUUGGAUUUGUAAUAAGAGGUGGAGCACAUGAUGACAGAAAUAAAUCUCGUCCUGUUGUAAUAACAUGCGUUAGACCUGGAGGGCCUGCUGACAGAGAGGGCACAAUCAAACCUGGGGACAGGCUGCUGAGUGUUGAUGGGAUCCGACUGUUGGGAACAACACAUGCUGAAGCUAUGAGUAUUCUCAAACAAUGCGGGCAGGAGGCGACUCUGCUGGUUGAAUAUGAUGUCUCAGUGAUGGAUUCUGUAGCAACAGCGUCUGGACCACUGCUAGUUGAAGUUGCCAAAACUCCUGGUGCUGCUCUUGGGGUUGCACUAUCUACCUCGAUGUGCUGCAACAAACAGGUCAUUGUCAUAGACAAAAUCAAAUCUGCAAGUAUUGCAGACAGAUGUGGUGCAUUACAUGUAGGAGACCAUAUUCUGUCCAUUGAUGGCACCAGCAUGGAGUACUGUACGCUGGCAGAAGCAACACAGUUUUUGGCCAAUGCAGCAGAUAAUGUCAAACUUGAGAUCCUUCCUCAUCACCAGACACGGCUAGCACUGAAAGGCCCAGAGCACGUGAACGUUCAAAGAAGCAACAGGCAACUUACCUGGGAUUCAUGUGCCAACAGCCACGGCAGCCUCCUCACCUACCAGCAUUAUAACACCUACCACCCUGACCAUUGCAGGAUGCCAGCCUUGAAAUUCCAGAAAGCGCCUCCUCAAAAAAGCCUUCCUCUGGUGUCUUCAUCCUUCUCUCCUACCUCCAUGAGUGCAUACAGCCUGAGUUCCCUGAACAUGGGAACCUUACCUCGCAGCCUCUACUCCACCAGCCCACGUGGGACAAUGAUGAGGCGGAGGAUGAAAAAGAAGGACUUCAAAAGCUCCUUGUCUUUAGCCUCUAGCACUGUUGGUUUGGCUGGGCAGGUCGUCCACACAGAAACCACAGAAGUAGUGCUGACAGCUGACCCCAUAGUAGGGUUUGGGAUACAGCUCCAGGGUAGUGUGUUUGCUACCGAGACCUUGUCUUCUCCACCUCUCAUUUCCUAUAUUGAAUCUGACAGUCCGGCGGAAAGGUGUGGAGUGCUGCAAAUAGGAGACAGAGUAGUGUCAAUAAAUGGUGUCCCAACAGAAGACAGCACAUUUGAUGAGGCCAAUCAACUGCUCAGAGACUCCUCUAUCACCAACAAGGUCACCUUGGAAAUAGAAUUUGAUGUUGCAGAAUCAGUUAUACCAAGCAGUGGAACAUUUCAUGUGAAACUACCAAAGAAGCAUAAUGUGGAACUUGGCAUCACCAUAAGUUCUCCAUCCAGCAGAAAACCAGGGGACCCUCUGGUUAUUUCUGAUAUCAAGAAAGGAAGCGUUGCUCACAGGACUGGGACACUUGAACUGGGUGAUAAGUUGCUUGCAAUAGAUAACAUUCGACUUGACAAUUGCUCAAUGGAAGAUGCUGUCCAGAUCCUUCAGCACUGUGAGGACCUUGUAAAGUUAAAGAUCCGCAAAGAUGAAGAUAAUUCCGAUGAACAGGAGAGCUCUGGAGCAAUUAUUUAUACUGUUGAGCUCAAGCGCUAUGGUGGGCCUCUUGGAAUUACAAUCUCUGGUACUGAAGAGCCCUUUGACCCUAUAAUCAUUUCCAGCCUUACAAAAGGAGGAUUAGCUGAAAGGACUGGGGCAAUUCACAUAGGAGACAGAAUCCUUGCCAUAAAUAGUAGCAGUCUGAAAGGAAAACCUUUGAGUGAAGCCAUUCAUUUAUUACAGAUGGCAGGAGAAACUGUCACCUUGAAAAUCAAGAAGCAAACAGAUGCUACCAGUCCCAAGAAAUUUUCUGUCCCCGUGGGUCACAUGAGUGAACUGAGCGAUGCUGAAGAUGAAAGCUCUGCUGCACAGAAAUCUGGCAUGCUCUCGGACGUCUAUUCCACUACAGUCCCAAGUGUUGACAGCGCAGUAGAGUCGUGGGAUGGCUCUGGUAUUGAUACCAGCUUUGGAAAUCAAGGACACACCUAUCAGGCUUCAGGAUACAACUUCAAUGCCUAUGAAUGGAGGAGUCCUAAACAGACUAGUUUGUCCCCUCCAAGCAAACCACGAAACCACCCAUUUCAUGAUACAGGACUGGGUGAUGAGGAAUGGGAUCGACCUACAGUAAGCAGCACAGCAUCCAAGAAUAUAUGGCAACCGAAGGAGACUGAGACAUCAGGAGAGAAUCAAGAAAACCAUUUAAAGCAAACUUCUGUAGAAAGAUCAGGUGGAGAGAGCACCAGGAGCACGAAGAAAGAGGGCAAGAUGUGGAAAGGUGCCUCUGGAGGGCAAAGGAAAGGUGGGGGACAGCUGGAAGAGUGGAAUACAUCCAGCUUCACAGGUACCCAUGAUAACACCGAGGCUGACCAGGAGGAAAAUUUCUGGUCUCAGGCUCUGGAGGAUUUAGAGACCUGUGGCCAGUCAGGAAUUCUGAGGGAACUAGAGGCCACAAUUAUGUCAGGAAGUACAAUGAGUUUGAAUCAUGAAAACCCACAACCUCGUAACCAGCUGGGAAGACAAGCCAGCUUCCAGGAAAGAAGUUCUGUAAGGCCACAUUACAGUCAAGCUACUCGUAGCAACACAUUGCCAUCAGAUGUGGGGAGAAAGUCCAUGGUUCUGAGAAAAUUUAAGCAAGAAAUGAAAGAAAUCAUGUCACCAACUCCUGUGGAGUUACACAAGGUAACUUUGUACAAGGACUCUGAUGGAGAAGACUUUGGGUUCAGUGUCUCAGAUGGUUUACUGGAAAAAGGAGUAUAUGUUAAAAACAUUCGACCAGCUGGCCCUGGCGAUCUGGGAGGUUUAAAACCAUAUGAUAGACUUUUACAGGUAAACCAUGUUCGCACCAGAGACUUUGACUGCUGUCUAGUUGUGCCCCUCAUUGCAGAAUCUGGCAACAAGCUAGAACUGGUUAUUAGCAGAAACCCACUGGCAUCUCAGAAAGGAAGCUCAGAACAUCCUUCAGCGAGUGGGGAAUGGAGUGACCCAAAUAAUGCCUUCCUUCAGCAGAGCGGACACACUCAUGUUAAUACAGAGACACGGGAUCCUACAAAUACAUUAUAGCAGAAAACCAUUUCAGUGGGACAUUCGGUAACAAAAGACAAUUAUGGUGCUAAAUCCAUUUAAGAUUUCUCUCAGAUUGAGGCUUAGAUGCUGUAUAGCACUGAAAAGCACAGGAGGUCAGUCUGUCUGUCUCAAAGCUUCUAUUAAUCCAUGGUUACUUUUGAAAUAGUUUAAUUCUUCAUUAAGUCAAGUCAUUCCAUUCUAAACAAUCUAGCAUUAGUAACAGUAAGAAAAAUCAUAAGGGCCUUUUUUUUCCCCCAAAUAAGAAACUGGGGAGAUGUUUUAAACAUGAUCUAAAUGUACCUCUUCCUUCAGCAGCAGCAGCUGUUUGAGGGAAGAGCAUGGAGUUAACCUCUGCUAACAAACAGUGGUGUCCAGGUUACAUUGUUUUUAAAAAACAUUUUAUCAGAAAGGUGCUGCUGUAUGAUGGGCAAGACAGAGUGGUUUACUGCACUGGGUUUUCUUGUGAAAUGGCAAGAAGGGUGCACUUAUCAGACAAAGCAAGGCUUAGAUGUUUUAACUAAAUGCUUGCAGGAGGCUGCAGUUUGCAGUGAACGUUACUGCCCCAUUUCGGUAAACUUUGUUAGAACCAUGUUAUUCCCUAUGCAAUGAAGUAUUUAAUGGUAUGUCUUGCAACCCGUGGGGAUUUUUAAGCAGAGACUUUUUUAGUCAGAUAAAACCUCUGAAUGAGGAUUACUGAAAAGAGUAAAACUGAAAUGAGUUCAGACAAAUUAGAAAGGUUUUUAAAAGAAAAUGGUGUUUUUUUAAACAAUGUCCGUGGAGAUUGAUAUGAAAGCUCUUUAAUGAUCCAUAAACCUGUAAACUUGUACUGUCACACGUAAGCUUUUUAAGUCAAACAAUUUCUUGAAGGGACAAAGGUCCUAUUUAAUAUGCUUUGUUUUCAGCCUUCUUUAUGAUAAACAUUACCCUCUGUGACGCAUUUUUAGAAUUUAAAAUUGUAAAUAUAUUUUACAAACACAUCACACAAAUUCUCUCCUCUCCCCUCUCCCCCCAAGCAAUAAGAUACUGCCAGUUGCUCUAUAUUCUCACCAGCAGCUGCUUUGGUUUAUUCUGGUAUUCAAGUUGUUAUUAGUAAUUAUUGUUAUUGGUGAAUAUAAAGAUACUGGAUUUGUACAUUUGUAGAGUCUCCAUAUCUAAGCAAUCACCUUACAGAGUUGUUUCUGGUCAAUUUAAACUGUUUAACUGUAUCCCUGUUACUAUUUCCAAUACAUGAACAAGCUCACCUGCCCUGCACACACAAGUAUCUCCAAUUUCUAUUUCAGCACUGCCAGAAAAGGUCAGAAUGACAUUUAAGGCUGAAUCAUGUAAAAAAACCACAAACAAAACAAAGUUCAUGAGUCACUUAAAUAUGUAUUUUUAUCUGUAACAAAUAAGUAUUAAACUGUAAAGUAUUUUUGUACAAAUUUAAUACUUUAAUAGCAUGAUAUUUAUCGUCUAUGUUAUGUUUUUUGAAAUUCAAACUGUUGCAAAUAUUUGUAUGGAAAAACUGUAAAAAUUGAAAUAAACAGUGAUUUAAAGACAUUAAAA